AUGAAGCUCUCUCUGCCUUUGGCCUCAGUCCUUCUCCUCUCGAUGAUGCUCACCUUUGCCACAGGGAUGGGGACAGGGAUGAGUGGUCCGGGCCCAAGUCGUGUGUUCGAGCCAAAGUCCAAGUCGUGUGUUGGAACCAAAGACGUGAGGUUGCCAACACCGUGUACGCAGGAGGACUGUGCAUUUGUCUGCCGUCACAGGGACCUCUUACCUUUCGGAUGUCCUGGUGUUGAGUGUAUCUGUCUACAAAAUUGUUAA